AGACGUGAGGGAAAAAUAGAUUAUAAUCACUUGUGCCAACUGCUGUAUAAAAGGGUCUACUAGACACCCAAAAGUAGACAAGUCAGUUGUCUUGCUGGCAUCAUGUACGCUCUGCACAAACUUCUGCUCUUUCAUGUCCUGAUAUGUCUCGGACAAAAUGGAAAUGGGGGUAAAAUCAUUAAUGGAACUAAAGCCCCGGAGGACUCGAUGCAGUAUAUGGUCUCGUUGCAGAACAAUGGAGGUCAUGAUUGUGGAGGAUUCCUCAUCAGAGAAGACUUUGUGCUCACUGCUGCGCACUGCCACAUUGACGCACAUACACAUGUUGUACUUGGCACCCACAAUCUCAAGAGGGGAGGAAAAAUAAGAUACAUUGAAAAAAAAUACAAACACCAUUCUUAUGAAAAUGUAGGACGAGGUAACGACAUCAUGCUCCUCAAACUGUCUGAGAAAGUUCAACUGGACAACAGCGUACAAACAAUUCCAAUUCCCUCAUCUGAAAUCAACAUAAGAGAAAAUGAAUCCUGCCGUGUAGCUGGAUGGGGUGCCACUAAAACUGGUGGUUCUGUUGUUGAUGACCUGAGACUGGUGGAUGUGUCUAUCAUUAGCCAGAACGUCUGUAACGAACAAUGGGAUGGUCUUCCUCGCAAUGUUAUCUGUGCAGGUGGAUAUGGCACAACAAAAGGAUUCUGUCAGGGUGAUUCUGGUGGUCCUUUGGUGUGCAACGGGGUGGCUGUCGGCAUUGUGUCUUUUAAUUACAAAAAGAACUGUACCUACCCACUCAAACCCAACGUCUAUACAGAUGUAUCAAAAUAUCUUUUCUGGAUCGACAAUAUCCUAAAUGAGUAAAAAUCCUGCACAAAGUGUUGCUUCAGUAUACAAUCAUUGUAAUGUGAAGGUAAUGUGCUAUCUCAGAUUGCUCUGUCAGUGUGACCAAAAUUCUAAAUAAAAAUGUAUUUAAAAUA